CAUCUGUAUUCUGGUGAACUCGAUACUUGAAGAACGGAAAAGUCCCAGUAUGUCUGGAAGGCUCGCAUCUUUAUCGACACCCAGCCGGUCAAGAAGCUCUCCUUCACCAUCUCCCUCGCCUGCCCCUGCGACUCCCUUGCGUCAAACGGAAACGACACACCACCGCAUGCUCAAGCUUGUCAUCACGGAAGUAAAGAAUGUUAUCAAAACAUGGGACGAAAUUAUAAUAUUAGAGGGAUAUAAAGCCGCGAAGGGGUGUAUAGACGAAACGACAGAGAUGGAUAAUCUGUUGGAUGUAGAAGAGAAGCCAGAAAGACCAGAAAUAGGACCUCACCUUUCAGAUCUAUACGGGCACAGAGUAGCUCUCCAAGCUGCCAUGGCCAAGCUGGAUAACAACCUUGGCAAGCUGAAUCAGCUCGCGGACCAGGCAGAUAAGGUGCUACUAGGGGCAUGCUCUAGAGAGACUUCAGACUUCGUAUUCGUGGAGCCGCUCUGGCUUACAUGGACUCUUGAACAUUUCGUCAAUUCCAUAUCAUCCCUAAUACCUCUCCACACAUCCCACCUCGCCGAACUCACCAUCAUAACCACCACCAUACUCGACCCCGCCACCUCCUUCGACGACGCCAAAUACAGCAUCGAAGCAUGGCGAGACCUGGCGAGUGGUGGUGAACGGUGGGAUGGAGUGAGAGAGUGGGAAGAUCUGAUCGAGCUGGAGCUCACUCGGGGAGAGUUGGUGGAAGACGACGAGGAUGAGGAUGAUUUCAAGAAGAAGGGGAAGAAGAGACGGUAAUUCGCGGCGAGAAUGGGAAAGGCGGAACGCGCUUCAUGUGCAAUGCCGCAUCCAAAGACUGCCUGCCUUUGGGCUCUGUCCUUGUUGGAGAGGGUCUCGAGUUUGUCUGCUGGCAGAUAUAGCUAUACGUCCCACUCGUGGGCCACUGUUGGUCGACAUGGUCAGCAGUACAUCUCGCACACAGUGAGGAUGCUUAUCAAGCCCCAGCAUGGCUGGGGGCUCCCUCGGUGGCCGACUGCAGCGAAAUAGCACCAUGCAUCUAUAUCC